AUGGGAAGCGUCGCCCCGGCUCUGUCAUUUCAGCGAUGGGUGCGUUUGGUAUUUUUUCAGGCACCGCUAGAUCUCCAGCGGUCACUUCGGAGGCAAGCAAGCGAACACGGGUGCGACACGUAUCGAUCAGAAGGCAGCAGCGGCGAGGAGGAGGAGGUGGAGGAGGAGGACGAGGACGAGGCGAAGGAGGAGAUCCAGGAAAACACGGAACCGCAACGAUAA